ACAUUGAAUGCAUUUCAUACAUGAGCAUAAAUCUUUUUCCUAGUUGCAUGUCACAUUCACCCUUUAACAUUCAGCACUGAGCUGCCAGGUUGUGGUGUGGGUGUAGAACAGUGAUAACGGCUCCUCCUAUUCCUAUACCAUGAAUAGUGAGUCCUGCUAGUCUUCAGAACACGCUUGGAUGGCAUAUUAUUCUGCGAUUACACCAUUUCCUAGCCCCCUCCUUUGCAAACUCUCCCUAUGUGAUGCAAAAUUGAAGUGCUCGGUAAAGUGCAGCCCUGACACUGGCGAGAAGGCAGCAGAAUAGCUUCUGGGUCUCUGUGAAUGGAAAUCAGUGACAAGCCUGUCUUUAGUCACUGUGAAACCUGCAUGGAAUCUAGGAGUCUGCUGAUGCUGAUGCUGCUGCCUCUACUGCAAUGAAGAAUCUACAAGCAGCCUGAGAAAACACAAGAUUAUGCUGUCACCUGCUCACCUCUCUUUGCACCUGGCAGACAAUGGAGCUGAAUUUCCAAGGAACUAUCAGCGGGGACAUCAGUGCCUUCUGCAGUACUGAGCCAGUGCAGUGAUGCUUCUAAACAAUGAGGUCUUACCUCUGAAGGGUCGCUCUCUCCCUCUGUUAUUGUGCAUUAUUUGCAGAUAGCUAUUGACUGACAUUCCUGGGCGUGUAAUUUCUGUCUGGAGAUCGGAUCUAUGCUGCAGGGACACCUGUGUGGAGAGGAGGUGGUACAUCAGAUGAUGGAUGUGCUGAGCUGAUUGCAGACCAGCAGUGUGGUUGAUCAGGCGGACUACUCUGCAGCCCUUGCUAUCCUUGCAAGCUGCUCACUCAGGGGACCCAUGAGCAGAGGAGCCACCCUCCAGCGCAGGACCACCUACCACAUCUCUUUGACCCUAGUCAAACUAGAGGCUGUGGGAGACGAAAAAAAGGCUGACAGCUCGGAAGUAUUCCGGAAACAUGACACCCCUUCUCUUGGCAGUACACCUGGACUGGCCCAUUGCCUCUCACUGGAUAGAGAUUUUCCUGAUGUCUGGGCUUGGGCAGGGCCCGCUCCUGGUUCCGGGGUGAGUGAAGGAAAAGAAAAGUCUAUCACUGAAACAAGUGCACUAGUGAAUGAUACUGGGACAAGUGUUGAUUCAAAGGGGGUGCAGGAUACCAAUGAUGCACCUUUGCCAGUUUCAUUGAAAGCAAAACAUUCGGAAGCCUCUGUCCCAGAUCAAGAAAAAUGUACAAUACCCAUCAGUUCAACACCAGUGGAAAAGCAGAAGGACACCACAAUAUCCAGCUUGUCAGCUUUAACACCAGUAAGUAACAUAACAAGUACUUUUUCAACAGUGGGAGCAGCUGAAAUCUGCCAAAAAUCUGCAAAUGGAACUACAGAAAAAGUAAGGUUCUCUGAAACAUCAAACACUGCUGAACUUUUGUCUGGAGCAGGAGGUACGUGUACAUCCACAAUAUCCACUCCAUCACCUACAGAUAAAGGGUCAUCAGAAGCUUUAACAAAAUCUUGGGUAGGAAAAGACGCUAUAAUUGCCCCAAAACAAGAAGAAAAUGGUACAGUGACAUCUAGUACUUCUUUACCAACAACAUCUGUAAAGGACUCUGCCUCAUCAAACACAACAACUUCUUCAAGCCAGAAACCGGAAACUAAGAAGUCUGAAACAUCUAGUUAUGUCAAUUCUGCACAUGGAGAUAAACAGAUAGGUGUAUCUAGCACUGGAGACUCAUCUGCUCCAAACACAAAAACAUCAAGUGCUUCAGGGCCACCAGGAGGAAUAAAGGAUGCAAGAACUGCAAGCGCUCCAGUGCCUUUCAGUGAAAAGGAUUUCCCAUUUGGUGGAGUGCGAGUAAUCAGAGGUUCCCUUAUCAGGCGGCCUGCACUUGAUACGGAUGUUUCCAGGGACAUAGUGUCCAGUUCUUCAGUUCCUGUUCAUGGUUCCAAAAUUACUGAAGGGGUCAGUUCUCAAGCUUCAGUCGCAGAAUCCAGAUUCGCCCGUCGGAGUUUAAAGGCAAUAAAGCAGUUACCAGCUGUAUGUUCAGAUUCACCAUCGCAUACCCGUUCUACUCCAGUAUCUGGAGAAAAUCCCAACAAAGAAGUAGAACCUGUGGACAAACCAUGCCCAGUGCCAUCCAGCGUACCCCGGAUUACCGCUCCCCCAAUAAGUGCUGCUCGCACUGCAUCAGCAUUGUUUUCUGCAUCUCGUUCUGCAGGAGCGCCAGUGAUCGCAGCAAAACCUAGUGAGGCUAAAAUAAUUGCUGCUAGAAGUGCAGCUAGGGGGGUUAGGGCUGCAUCUGUAGUGGUGACAACUGAGGAACACAUAGCAUACAAAGCGCCACCUGCAGGAACAGUAAUUGAGAAAACUAAGACUGGAGAAACUGUUACAUAUCCUGGAACAAAACCACCAGUUAGUACAUCUAAAACUUUACCAUCUGGGGCACCACCAGUUUCAGCGAUUAAAGGCCCAAGCAUAAGCGCCAAGCCAACAAUUUCAACAGGUGAUGCUGCACUAGCUCCUACUCCUCGGACUAAAACCUCCACUGGAAUAAAAGCACCAGUGACUGGCAUGGGAACAUACCCAGGAGCUAGGGCACCAGUUCCUGGGACCGCCAAAUCUCCUGGUCCAAAGGCAACCACGGAUAGGCCUGUUACUUUAAUAGAAAAGAAAACUGACUUGGGCGAGUUAACAUCUCCCAGAGAAAAGAUUCCCGAGCCUUCUCUUUUGCUGUCUUUUGUACCAUGUAAAGAUGUAGAAACCACUUUACCAUUUGAAAUAGAUGACCUAACACCAGACAGUGAUGACCCUGGAAAGACCAAACGGCUGGAAAGACUCUUCCAUAGACAGGAUGCUAUGUGGAUCAGUACUAGCGUCACCUCGGAUUAUUAUCUACAAAACUCUCCCAAUCGACUCUGCAACAGUCCUCGACAGCAGUCAAGUCCUACAUUUUUUUCUGGUCCUAGAUACUCUUUUAGCUCUCCGGCCAGCCCAUUGCUCCCUGUACCAUGUCAGCCAGGAACACCAUAUCGUGAAGCGCCAGUAAUUGUAUCUCUUUCUGUAAGCCCAGAUAAGGCUGGCGAAUCACAGAAAAACACAUUACAAGUAGAGACCAAGACAAGACCUCCAUACAUGUCUAGUAUAAGUGUCUCUGGUCUACCUAGUCUUGUAGAUCAAGGGAAAAUCCCUCCUGUUCUCCUUACACCAUGUAAGGAAAAAGGUAGUCGACUACUGAAACUUAGUAAGGCUUCUAAAAGUCAAGACAACCGUGACAAACAGAGUCAAAAAAGUGGUUCAAAUCGACUAUCAUGGCCUGAAAAUGAAGGCGGCAAAAGUCGUUCAAAAUCCUCCACCAAGAGCAGCCCUAGAGCUGAGACUCCAAAACCUUCUGCAGGAGGAAAAAGUCUGCUGUCUCCUUCCUCAUGUGAUCCCAAAGGUUUUAGAAAGGGGGGUAAAAGCAAGACUGUGGACAACAGUGACUUUGACCUACCUGAAGAGUUUAAGAAAGGCCGUGAGGGAUCAUCUCCUACUGGGGACAAGGCCAGGUCUUCAGCAGCUAGGGAUAGGAAAAUGUUAAAGUUUAUUAGUGGAAUCUUCACUAAAUCUACUGUGGCCUCUUCUGUCUCACCAACCGAAAUAAGUCCUGGAGAUGAGAGGGAUUUUGCUCAAAAAUGUGUCAUGAACAGCCAAGAAUGGACUCUCAGUCGCACAACACCUGAAAUAAGAGUGGGUGUUGUGGGUAACAUUAAAAGUGGUAAAUCUGCCCUUGUUCACCGAUUUGUUACAGGAUCCUAUCUGGCAAUUGAAACACCAGAAAGUGAUCAGUUUAAGAAGGAGAUGAGUGUGGAAGGCCAGAGCUACCUUCUGUUGAUCAGAGAAGAAGCUGGAGCACCAGAUGCCAAGUUUGCUAACUGGGUGGAUGGCGUCAUCUUUGUGUUCAGCCUGGAGAAUGAGGCGAGUUUUCAAGACAUGUUCCAGUACUAUGCUCUGUUGGCAAACUAUAGAAGUGUCACCGACAUUGCUGUGGCCUUGGUGGGAACACAAGAUAAAAUUAGCUCGAGCAAUCCUAGGGCUAUCGAAGACGUGCGAGCCAGAGGUCUAUGUAAUGACAUGAAACGAUGUAUGUACUAUGAAACCUGUGCCACUUAUGGGUUAAAUGUGGAUCGAGUGUUCAGUGAAGUGGCCCAGAAGAUACUAGCUCUAAAGCGGCAGCAACAACUACUGUCAUGCAAAUCAUUACCCAGUUCUCCCAGUCACUCUGGAGGCUCCACUCCAUUAUCAGUACAGACCAGCAAUGGGGGGCCAGGCAAUGACUACUCAUCCUCCUUACCAUCUACUCCAAACAUCAGUCACAGAGAGCUGCGUAGUGAGGUGUCACUUGGAGUCAGCACACCAGGGUCACUCCACCGGGGAGCUAAACGCCGCACAAGUCUAUUUCCACACCGAAGAGGAAGUGACAUGGAAAAGAGAAGUUUUGACAGUCGUGGGGAAGUCAGUGGUACCGGCCGAGCUCUGCCUAUUAAACAGAGCUUUUUACUGAAGCGUAGUGGCAAUUCUUUGAACAAAGAGUGGAAGAAGAAGUAUGUGACUCUUACAAGCAAUGGGAUGCUGCUCUAUCAUCCUAGCAUUAAUGACUAUUUGCAUAGUACACAUGGGAAGGAGAUGGACCUGCUGAGAACAACAGUAAAGGUGCCAGGCAAGAGACCACCAAGAGCCAUCUCUGCAUGUGGCCCAUCGGCCAGCAUCAAUGGCUUAUUAAAAGAUGUGAGCAGCCCAACCGUGAUGGAUGCACCGAGUACCAAGCCUCCGACAACAAAGAGCAGUUCUACUGGGGAUGUGAUUUCUAGCCCAUCCAGCAACAAGGAGCCACCACCAUCUCCAAUGAGCGAUAAAAAGAAGAAUAAAAAGAAGAAGAAUAUUACUCCUUCAAAAACAGAGGGCUCAGCAGGCCAAGCAGAUGCCAAGCGCAAAAUGUGGAAAUUAAAAACAUUUGGUAGUUUAAGAAAUAUUUAUAAAACAGAGGAGAACUUUGAAUUCAUCAUUGUAUCCAGCAGCGGUCAAACAUGGCAUUUUGAGACCGGCAGUUUUGAGGAGAGGGAUUCUUGGGUACAAGCUAUAGAAAGCCAGAUUCUUGCAAGUCUUCAGUGCUGUGAAAGCAGCAAGAAUAAGGCCCGCUUGGACAGCCAGAGUGAAGCUGUAGCUAUUCAAGCUAUCCGGAAUUCUAAGGGAAACAACUUUUGUGUAGACUGUAAUGCCCCAAAUCCCACAUGGGCUAGCUUAAACCUAGGAGCCCUUAUCUGUAUUGAAUGCUCAGGAAUUCACCGGAAUCUUGGUACACAUCUAUCUCGCGUGCGCUCCCUGGAUCUGGAUGAUUGGCCUCUUGAGCUUACACUUGUUCUAACCUCGAUCGGCAAUGAAAUGGCCAACAGCAUCUGGGAGAUGACAACUCAAGGUCGCACUAAGCCAAACCCUGACUCCCCAAGGGAGGAGAGAGAGUCGUGGAUAAGAGCUAAGUACGAGCAGCGGUUGUUUUUGGCUCCAUUAAAAAGCCCUGGUAUCACAUUGGUGAAGCAGCUCUUCAAAGCAGUUCAAGAUAAAAACCUUACCAGUGUCUUACUCCUCCUUGCCCACAUCAACAAGGAGCAGAUCAACAGUGCCACGGGAGACAGAGACAGGCGUACUGCUCUUCAUUUGGCCUGUGAACUAUCACAUGUGGUCAUCACACAACUGCUUGUCUGGUAUGGUGUUGACGUGAAGGCCAAGGACAUUAAUGGUCACACUGCCCUCUUCUAUGCUAGGAGAGCUGGAAGUCAAGAGUGUGUGGACAUCCUUCUUCAACAUGGGUGUCCAAAUGAGCCCUCAAGUUCUAUGAGCACCCCUAUCCUAAGGAGAAAAAGCAGUUGUACCAGCAUUAUAAGAACUGAUUCCCGGACUGCCCUUGUAUAGCCAGCUGUUCUCAUUCACUGGCAUGAGAAAGCUGGUGUAAGAUCAUUGACUGUUGCCAGUGGAAGCUUGUCUGGUUGCUCCUCCGUGCUAAUGUGUAAUUUGUCAUAUAAAAAAGCAAGAGUCUAAUGUAUAUACUGAUGGUGUGUGUAUAUUUUGAAAGGUGCAUUUGGAUUAUCGACAGCCAUGUCAAUGAUAUAUCCCCAUUAUAACAUUUUCAGCUUUCACCCCCUUGUUGCUGUGAUCCAGCAUAGUAGUAUUUAAUGCCUUAAUUCUUUCAUCACUGAAAGAACAGUAAAACCGAACAGUUCCCUUCUGUCAAUGUUUACAGCAGGCAAUUCCAACUAACCAUAUCUGCAAUUCACCAAUGUAACAACCAGAUUCAGUGGUCAAGGUAGGGAUUUUAUACAUUGUAGAUUAUUGCUAUCUCAAAGAUUGUAUAAAUAAGUGUGGCCAAAAAUAAGCCAGGGACAUACAGUAUGUACAUUCUUUAGUUCCUAAAGGUCUGCACUUUUAAAGAAGAAUCAUACAGAAAAGAAUACAAUGUUAUACUGUGUAUAGGCAUUGAAGUCAUAAACGAAGACCAAACGCGAUAAGAUUUCCCACUUAUCAGAGCAACUAUCUAGUUUGCUCUCCAAUGGUCACAGUAGUAAUGGGACUCAUGGACAUACAAUUACAUUGUCUAAACACAACAUGAUUCUACAUCCCCACAUGGCUGUGUAUUGAUGUCUUUAUUGAUGUAGAAUCUCACCAAAAAAGCACUUGAAAAACAACCAGCAGUGAGACUGUGCUGACACUUGUAGCUUCUGGUAUGGGUGCUCUGCAUCCCAAGGCUUGACUCCUAAUGCCGUCCUUUGCGCAAUGGAGGUGGGAGUCUGCUUUCCAAGCUUCCCUGCUUCCUUCCUCCAUGAUCAGAUAAGCUCUCCCACCUUCUUAUGAUGUGAGUGCCUAUUAACAUGUAAGCUCUCUGCUAUUCUAGCAAAGCGCAGGCAUCACUCCUUCUCAACAUGUGUCUUGAGGCAAGGGAGGGGAGCAUGCCCUCUGCUAGAAUAGCAGAGUGGUCAUAUGGGCAUAUGGUCCCACGUUUUUAGGAGGUGAAGAGUUAUGAAUGAGAUGGGAGGAUUUAUCUGAGCACUGAACAAGGAGGAAGGGAAGCUCAGAGAGCCAGCUCCCGCCUCUUUUGUGCACGGAACAGGACCACCUGUAGGGGUAAAUAAUAAAACAUUUUUAUCCGGUUCACCCACACAAUAACCCUGUGUAUUGGGUUUAGUGCGGGUUAACCAGCUGUAAGAUUCACUUCAAUCUUUACUCUGAAACACUAUAUAAAAGCGCAAGAAUCAAACUUGGCGACUGACUUUAAUUGUAUAAUUCUGCCAUGUAAUAGAUUCUUAAUUUGAAAUGAAUACUUUUAGCAUUGCCAUGGCAACAUAUUGCACAAAUCAACAUAUUGUUUUAAUGAAAGGCCCCCUAACUAUUUAACCAGUAUGUGCCUACAUGGCAGAGACCUUUACACAGAGCCUGCAGGGUGGAACAUAGAGUCAUUCUGUAUGUAAUCUUAUGGGGCAUGUGAUCAAGCUUGCCAUGAUUUUUUUCUUUCAUUGAUUCUAUAUGAAGUGAAAAAACAAUGUAUACCUUCUAAAUUAAUCCCAGUCACACAGAGAAAUAAUCAGAGGUAUAACUUUAAGAUCAAGAGCCCUCAAAAGAAAAUGUGUAACAAGGCCCAUGUACCAUUUACAACAUUUGGUUUACUUAAGCACCAGGGCCUGGAAAGGCUAUUUUUGUUCCUAAUAUAACUGUGCCCUUGGGUCCCUAGCAAGCAAGUUAUAGGCAAUACAUUACAGCCUUGUACAACAUUGAUGCAUAUUGUGACCAUGUGCAUGAGGCCUCAUACAGUGAAAAUACUGAUUAAGAAAUUUCAGAUUAAUGUUAAAUAUGCUAAACCUAGAUCUUAUUUCUGCAAUCUAGUACAGCAUCAUUCUAAGUCAUCACUUACCAGUCCUCCUGUCAGUCUCAUACAACCUUGGCCUAGUGACAAGACUAUAAAAUCACAAGAGAUGGUAACAACAUCUAAUAGAGAUACAUGAACUAUGACACAAAAUAGACGUAAAUUUCCAAAAUAUCUAAAUAAAAUGGUGUGUAAUACAUGUGAGCAUUUAAAAAAAAAAAAUCACUCUUACUAACAUAGAUAUACAGUAUAUGUAGUUUCUGUGGGAUAUUCCUAACAUUAAAGGGGUUAUCCUGCUUUACAAAAUUAAUGGCCUUUCCUAAGGACAGGCGUCUCCAUUAGAUCGGCAAGGGAUUCGAUUCCCGAUAUCCCCACCAAGUAGUUGUCUGAAGUGGCCAUGGGCAUUGGUGUAAGCGAUGCAUCCUCUUCAAUGUUUACAUCUGAUAAUUCUUGGAAUCUCCAUACUACUACUGAACAUUAAAAAGGUUGCAGUGAUUAAACAACUGAUGGACAGGGGAGUCAGGAGUCAGACCAUGCUGAUCUAAUGUUGAUGACCUAUCUUUAGGAUGACCCAUCAAUUGUAUACUGCCAGAUAACCCCUUUGAGGAUUAAGGUAAAGACAGAGGAACAUUUUCAGCAAUGUCCUAUGCACAUGACCGUGAGGAUGAUACAAUUGAAAUUGUUUGAAAGUUUUUAACACUUGCUCACACUACUCAUACUCAUUUGCUUUAAAAAAUGUGCAUCUCAAAAAUUAUAUUAUUUUUACACAACAUUUUACAAACUUUGCUAAUGGGACAAAGCUGGAGUAAAAAAAUAGAACAGGCCCAUUUUCCUCUCUUUUUAAUGAGCAUCUUUUAUAUACUCUGGUAGAUAAAAUUGUAUAGAUAGAAAGACUGUAUCCAGAAUAUAGAAGAUCGACACUAACUUCCUUUUGUAUGUUCUAGACUCUAAAGAGUAUAUACUGGUAUCUGAACCAAUCAGAGGCUGAUUUAUUGGAUUUGAGGCUCCUAAUAAAUCUGCCAAAUCCAACAGCAAUGGGAUUUUACUUAAAAUCGACAUAUGAAGCACCAGUCUUAGUAACCCCCCCCCCCCCCCCGAAGCUUGACAGUACUUAUAAGGUAUAUGUAUUAUUCUAUCUAAAUGGAAGUUUAAAGAAAUAGAGAGAAAAAAAAAAAUUUUGAACAAAUUCAAGUAUAUUUGCAUGUUACUAUUUUUUUCUAAAUAGUAGAUCGAUUAAUUGCUUUGUGUUUCUUCUAAAGCCUCAAAACAAAAAGCUGUGCCUACAGUAUUAGAAGGAUUUUUCUUCUACUUCCACUGCUUUUUUUUCUUUCAAUUUUACAGCAUUUUUCUCCAGAAUUGUCCCACACUAGCACGUCUCCACAUAGACCAUGUACAUCACUUCUUAGGUUUAGUUCACUGGGCUGUGUGGUUGAAGAGUGACAUUAUGUGCCCAAGACAAGUGCAGCUGUAAAAGAAAGCAUACUGGACAAAAUAGGCAGAAAAAUUAUGGUAAUGGUUCUUAUAGAAAAAAAAGACAACAUGGCAAUGUCUCCACUAAUUCUUCUUCUUUUUAAAAAAAAAAAAAAAAGGCCACUUACAAAAUUGACAUUCUUAUGUAAUUACGGACCUGUCCGGAAUGAGAUCGAUUCUGUGAAAAUGAACAUAUAUUUUUAAAUCGACCCUGAAGCCUUCACAGCUAUGGGUGCUCUGCACUCGAAUGUAUGAGUAAAGAGUGUUGUUUUUUAUUGCAAACCUGUUUCUAUGUAAAAAAAAUUUGAAAAAAAUAUAUAGUAUUUAAAAAUAGACAGUUAACUCCCAGGAACAGUCGUGAACUUGUUUUUGCCGUGCACAUGGUUAACGGUAUCUUUUGUGAUCUUCUGGGAUAUCUGUUUAAUUUAUUGGUUUAUUAGAACUAUAGGGUAUUGGUUGGGUGUUUUUACAUUUUGCGUGCAGUAUGGCAGCUUAACAAUGCAAUCUUUACAAAUCAUAUAUAUUGUUCCGUGUAAGGCAGUUGUAAAUGUUUGAGAAGUGGAGAUGAAGAAUAUAUUAAACAUUGCUAUUGUGUUUUUACAUUUUUGUCAUUUACCUACGAUAAUAGCUCAUUCACUAUUAAUUGUGCUUUCUUCAUUUAAAAUGUUAUCUUAUAUUGAUCAUAAAUAUAUAUGUGGGGUUCAUAUGAGAUUAUUUUCUUCCUGUGACUAAAUUUAAAGUAAGAUGUGACUAUUUGGAUGUUGGAAGAAUAAGUUUCAACAGGAAAUCUAUCCCUUUUUUUGGACGAUUUCCCUAUGUAGAACAUGAACUAUAUCUCAUAAACUCAUAAUCUGAAAGAUAUCUAAAAUGAAGUAAAAUUAUUCAUAACAAAUGAAAUUAGGCAUUACAAAACAUUGUAAUGUCUUUUUAUUCAGGGGGUUUCUUAUUUUUUAUUAUUAGGUUAAUCUAAAAUGGAACCUUACUGACUCUAUUUGAACAGUGACCAUGGGGGACAUUUAUCAAUGUUUGCUUAUGUAUUCCUUUUUUUAUUUUUUUUAUCUUACAAUUUUUUUUUCUUAUGUGCAACUUAUUUAUCAACUGCUUUCAGCCUGUUGAUAAAUUUCUUUCACUUAAGCAAUUUUUCUUUAUUUGCUUUGGUAGUGGCUUUUUCUGCUCCAUGUCUGAGCUGGAGUAAAUUUUGUAGCUUUUUUCAUGUAAUGCGACUUUUUUGCGACUUUCGCACUUGAUAAAUCUCUGACCACUGCAAGUCAAAAAUCACUUUUUGCUUUGGUAAGCAAGAUUUUUAUUUUUUGCUUAGGACACUGAACAAGCAAAAAGUCGCAGAAAAAAAAGAGUGCAGACGCACGUGUGACAAUUUUGCGACAAUUUUAAGCAAAAAAAACCCCUACUAAAUGCUUUGAUCCAUGUCUUUAAUUUUGACCCAUAGCCAAGAGUCAUUCUAGGUCAACUGUAAAGGGAAUGUAAAGAACAUGUUAGGGGAUAUAAACCAGUAUACUAUCCAUAGUUUAUCAUCAAAUGGCAGUUUGUUAUAAUUUAUUAUAAUAGAUUGUUUCUAACAACAAAUGUAAAAAAGAUUUUAGACAAAAUGCUGAACGAAUGAUUGUCUGCUGAAGGAUGGUUUCACAGACACAUUGCAGUCCAUAUUGGCCGUCACAGAUGUUCAUACUGGCCAUACAUCCUCAACCUCACUGGACGAAGGAUGAAUGAUCUUUCUGGUAAUGCUCUGAGAACAUUACUUCUGGAAAGAUCAUGUGUGGAUGAAACCUCUUUCUUGAACAAUGUUUGCUAACAAAUAUUUCUAACACAUUCAACUUCUUUCCAGAGACACUGGUUGACUGAAACAAUGGUUUGUUGUAAAAUUUCUCCAGACAACUGAUCAAUCUGGUUUAAAUUGUCUAUUGUACCUCCAUGAAAUUUAAGUUCAAUGAAAUCAUUACAUUUAGGUGGCCAUGCACUUUCCAGAACUGCCAGCCAGACUACUAUCUUUUCUGACCUUCUAUACACACAAAUAUUCUGUACAGCUGUAAGUGGAGAGUCGGGAGGUCGCCAUGCACCUUAGGAAGUCAGCCGAAUCUUAUCAAGACCUUAGGUUUGACUGACUUUACUCUAAUCUGUAUGGGCACUUUAACAGUAAAAACAGUAAGCAGUUAGCAAAGAACUGGCUUUUAUCGUCAAUACAAGGGAUUUGGAGCUCUGUAUCAGAAAAUAGAGCUCUGGCCACUAAAAAGACUGUAUUAGAACAUUCACAUCAUUUUGAACCUAUUUUAAUAAAAUAAAUGGUAUUCAACGGUGUAUAUUCACUUUAAAACUAAGUCAAUAGUCAUAGUGUCAAUAUAAACAAUGAAAGUACAGUGCCAAUUUACCAAGAAAAUAGCCCUAAAAUGGCUAAUAACACACAAUUUGUUUUACUAAAAAGAGCUACAUAGUUUUAUCGAUCUGCCUUAUAUAUUCAUACAUAUUGUUACAGAUGAAACAUUUAUUUUACUAAGUGUUGUGACUUUUUGUCGACUUACCCCAUGUCCACCAUCCAAACAUGAAUUACUGCCUGUUUAUGCCAUCAAAAUGUAAAAUAAAUAAAAUAAAAAAAAAAUAAAAAAAGGAAAACAAAAGGGAAAAAAAACUUACUGAAAGAGUCAUCAUUAUUGCACAUUUCUAUCGGUUUGCUUUUUUGGCUUCUUCACUUUCCAAUCGUACCUGUGACAUUUGUAGAAGCUGUGGCUGUGUGGAUCUUGCAAUCCAUUCCACAGUUCUGAACAUGUAUUAUAGGAAGCUAAACUGCCUGUAGAUUAAACCAACACUACCUGUUGUCUCUGUGAAAGGAAUACGGAAAUAGGCAUACAAUAGCAAUAAACAUACAAGGGGAGAGGAUACCAAGAUAAGUGGCCUAAACAGAUAAAGACACAUAAUACACAUGGUAUUUUACAUAGUACAUGGCUUAAAGGGGUACUCCACUGGAAAACUUUUUUUUUAAUCAACUGGUGCCAGAAAGUUAAACAGAUUUGUAAAUUACUUCUAUUUAAAAAUAUUAAUUCUUCCAGUA